GCCACUGGUAUGCAGACAUUUUCUUCUUCUUCUAACUUCCCCUCCUGAGAAAGGGGAGGUAAUUAUCAGCGAAACAAAAGUCCAGAAUGCGAAGCUUGCCACUUUCACUUCCUCUCUUGCCCCUUAACCCAGCUCUGUUUUGAAUACAGUAAUUGCCUUGGGGCACCGGAGCAAGGGAAAGAGGACAGCAGUGCCUCAGAGUCUGCCCGGCAGGCGGUUACAGCCUAGCAUGCUCUCACAGGUGCAUUUCUAGUCCCAGAAAAUGCCGGGAUGAUGCCGCCCACCCGCCUGGCUGGGACUCUGAUCCCAGCCAUGGCCUUCCUCUCCUGCCUGAGGCCCGAGAGCUGGGAUCCUUGUAUGCAGGUGGUUCCUAACAUUACUUACCAGUGCAUGGAGCUGGGUCUCUACAAAAUUCCUAGCAACAUCCCCACGUCAACCAAGAAACUGGACCUGAGCUUUAACCCAUUGAGGCGUUUACGCAGCUAUAGCUUCUCCAACUUCUCAGAACUGCAGGUGCUAGAUUUAUCCAGGUGUGAAAUUCAGAUAAUUGAAGAUGAUGCAUUUCAGGGCCUAAAGCAUCUCUCCACCUUGAUAUUGACGGGAAACCCUAUCCAGAGUUUAGCCAGGGGAGCCUUUUCUGGACUAUCAAGUUUACAGACCCUGGUGGCUGUGGAGACAAACCUAGCAUCUCUAGAAGACUUCCCCAUCGGACACCUGAAAACCUUGAAGAAGCUUAACGUGGCUCACAAUCUUAUCAAUUCCUUCAAGUUACCUGAAUAUUUUUCUAACCUGCCCAGCCUGGAACACUUGGACCUUUCCAAUAACAAGAUCCAAAAUAUUUAUCAUAAAGACUUGCAGGUUCUACAUCAAAUGCCCCCAUUCAAACUCUCUUUAGACUUGUCCCUGAAUCCUUUAGACUUCAUCCAACAAAGUGCCUUUAAAGAAAUUAAGCUCCAUGAACUGACUUUGAGAAGUAAUUUUAAUAGUACGGAUGCAAUGAAAACUUGUGUCCAAGGCCUGGCUGGUUUAAAAAUCAAUCGGUUGGUUCUAGGAGAAUUCAAAAAUGAACGAACCAUAAAAGAUUUGGACAAAUCUGCAUUGGAGGGACUGUGCAAUUUGACCAUUGAAGAAUUCCGGCUAACAUACUUGGAUGACUUCUCAGAGGAUUGUAUUGGCUUUCUAAAUUGUUUGGCAAAUGUUUCUGCAAUUUCUCUGGUGAGUCUGUAUUUCAACAAGCUAGAAGGCUUUCCUAAAGAUUUCCAAUGGCAAUAUUUAAAAUUGGCUAACAGUAAAUUUCAAUACUUUCCCACACUGGAGCUUGCCUCUCUCAAAAAGUUUGUUUUCACUGACAACAAAGUUCUGAGCCCUUUUACUGAGGUUAACCUACCAAACCUUGAGUUUCUGGAUCUCAGUAGAAAUGGCAUGUUUUUCAAGGGCUGCUGUUCUCACCGUGAUUUGGGGACAACCAGACUGAAACACUUAGAUUUGAGCUUCAAUGAUGCUAUUACCAUGUCUUCGAACUUCUUGGGCUUAGAGCAACUAGAACAUCUGGAUUUCCAGCAUUCCAGUUUGAAACAGGCCAAUGACUUUUCAGUAUUCCUGGCACUCAAAAAUCUCCUUUACCUCGACAUUUCUUAUACUAACACACACGUCAUCUUCCAUGGCAUCUUUGACGGCUUGUUCAGCCUCCAGGUCUUGAAAAUGGCGGGCAAUUCUUUUCAGGACAACUUCCUUCCCAAUAUCUUCACAAAUAUGCAGAGCUUGACCGUCCUGGACCUGUCUAAGUGUCAACUGGAACAGGUGUCUCAGGUGGCAUUUAGCUCACUCCCUAAGCUUCAGUUGCUAAACAUGAGUCACAACAACCUCUUGUUUUUGGAUACACUCCCUUAUCAACCCCUGCACGCCCUCCGGGUUCUGGACUGCAGUUUUAACCGUAUAGUGGCCUCUAAGAGGCAAGAGCUACAGCCUUUCCCAAGUAGUCUAGCUUCCUUAAAUCUCACGCGGAAUGACUUUGCUUGUGCUUGUGAACACCUGAGUUUCCUGCAGUGGUUCAAGGACCACAGGCACCUUUUGGUGGGAGCUGAACAAAUGCUGUGUGUGAACCCUUCAGAUAUGGAGGGUGUGCCUGUGCUCAGUUUUAGGAAUUCCACCUGUCAGAUGAGCAAGACUAUCAUCAGUGUGUCCGUUCUCACUGUACUACUAGUAUCUGUGGUAGCAGUUCUGGUCUAUAAGUUCUACUUCCACCUGAUGCUUCUUGCUGGUUGCAAACGUUACGGCAGAGGUGAAAGUACGUAUGAUGCCUUUGUUAUCUACUCGAGCCAGGAUGAGGAUUGGGUGAGGAAUGAAUUGGUAAAGAACCUGGAGGAGGGGGUGCCCCCCUUUCAGCUCUGCCUUCACUACAGAGACUUUAUUCCUGGGGUGGCCAUCGCCGCCAACAUCAUCCAGGAAGGUUUCCACAAAAGCCGGAAGGUGAUUGUGGUCGUGUCCCAGCACUUCAUCCAGAGCCGAUGGUGUAUCUUUGAGUAUGAGAUUGCCCAGACCUGGCAGUUUCUGAGCAGUCAUGCGGGCAUCAUUUUCAUCGUCCUACAGAAGGUGGAGAAGACCCUGCUCCGGCAGCAGGUAGAGCUGUAUCGCCUUCUCAGCAGGAACACUUACCUGGAGUGGGAGGACAGUGUGCUGGGGCGGCACAUCUUCUGGAGACGACUCAGAAAAGCCUUGCUGGAUGGCAAACCGAAGAGUGCAGAAGGAACUGAGGAUGCCGAGAGCAGCCAGCACUUAGCCACAACCCCCGCCUGGGAAGGAAAGCCUCCUUAAGUGCUUCUGGCCCAGCUGGACCCAGUGCAUGUUCAGUGACAAGUAUUAAGUGCGGCAACAUGGUAGGCUUUGGUCCAAGGGCACGUGAUUCAGUGGUGUGCAAGCUACCCAGGACCUGUGAUCUCCUGGAGUUUUCAGUGCAGAGGGAAUGGAUACUGGGCGACAACACAGAACCUGCAGGUGGAUGUUUCAGCCACUCAGCUAAGGAGUCCACGGCAGGAAAAGUCAACUCAAAUCUUACCCCACAAAAUUGAAUUAUAACUAAGAGAUUGGCCCCAGUCAGAUCAGAAAAGGAUGUAGUUCUUCUCCUGAGGCUUUUGAAUGGAAAGCACCUCGUAGCUUACAGUUUAGCCAUCUUAAAACAAAGCAUACUGCUGGUUUCAACUGAACUGGGUCUUUGCUCACUUUUCCCUUUUCUACUGAAUACAAUUGAAAUUCCACUUGAUGACGCAGAGGCUCCUGAUUCAGACUCUCGCUCCACUUUAGGUCAGUUUCCUUAUAAGGUUUAAAGUCUUGCAACGGAUUCCUAAGGAAACCUGAUCAACACAUAUUUACAAACAACCUGGUCAUUCCUUAGCAUGUUCUAUUUAUUAACUCCUAGUCCCUGAUAAUAAUUUUUUGUUUUUAUAAAUCCAGUUCUCAUUUUGUAUGUUUUCUCUAUAAACCUUUAUCAUAAAUAAGGUUGUUAGAGACAUGCUGGAAAUAUCCAUUAUUAAGCACUAUCUUUCAAGCAAAUAUGUAAAAUAUACUCUGUCACUCUGUCACUUGAUGUCAUUCUAAAUUUAUUACCUAGUAAGUUAUGACUGUUAUACAGGUAGCAUUAAAAUAAUUUGGUUGAAUUUGGCACUCGCAGUAAUGGGGGCAAGAAGUCCAACUUCCUGGUCUCAUAAUGAACAAUUUGGGCCAGAGGAAGGGCAAGAGGUGGGAUGACGCCAGGUGGUCAGCUCUUCUUGCCGAUCCCAGAAACAUAUGGGCUGACAUAGCUGCUGGGGACCACAUAAGAAGAGUUGCAGUAAAGCUUCCCCUCUGCAUCAAAUGAGUGUUGUUUGAUGGAACAUUGAAUCCCUCAGGGGAUUGUGAAAUAAUUCAAGGUGGGGAGCUCAGGUUGCUGCUUCCUGUUAGGUAUCAUUCCACUUCCAUGACCUCAUUUACAAAAGAGUAGAUGUUAUCACUGAGUAAACAAUGUCUCUGAGGUUAACGUGACGUAUGUCACGGUAAAGGCUAGUUCUCAGAAAAGGACACUCAUCCAGCUUCCCCAAGAACGGUGAAAUCAAAGAAAGCAAUGAGGACGUUUGGAAAAUACUUAACAGCAGCUUUACAGAGCAGUACUUUACGCUAUUUUCUAUUUGAGUGAACUAGACUCUCAGAGAAGUGAAGCCCAAGGCACACACGAACGGCAGUGAAGGUGAGUGUUGGCUUUCUGCAAAGCCGCAAAAUCCAAAACACUAGGGGGUCUCUUUGGAGUUAGAACAGGUAAACACUAUGCUAAAGCUGCCUCUCAGUGUCUGUCCGGUUUUGUUCUUUGUCCAGAUAUUUCAGCUCUAACUGGUUAAACUUCGUAUGCAUGCACACUACAUUGAAUCUCCCUCCAGGCCUUCAUGGAAAGAAAUCUGGUAUAAAUAACUCAUUUGGUACAUAUAACAUAUAUAUACAUAUGCAUAUGCAUUUGCCUGGUGAUUCAUCGUCCAGUGAAAAAUACUUGACUCGUGUCAACCACACAGAGCUGUCGGGGUUUCACUUCUCCUUUUGCCAGCUUUGAGUGUGAAGCAACAGCAGGCAGUGGAAAUUGAGACAGGUUUCAUGCGUUUUUCGGAGAGAAGGUUGCUCUUGGCAUAGUACAGUUACUUUGCAGAAGGGGAAGAAGGCUUCCCCCUUAUAACUUUUAUCUUUAAUGGCUAUUUUUAGGCCCUAUUCUAAUUAAAUUCCCACACCACGCCUAUGAGACGGGCACUAGUAAUAUCAGCAUUAGUACCCAUUAGAACACGGAGAAUUUAAAAUAUGUUCAAUUCAAGAAACGUGAUUUGUAUGGGUGAGUAAUCCUCUGGGGCUUUAUAAAGGUGGUGGAGGGAAAAACACAGAGUGGUCCUUCCACAAACAACAUUUUAGCAACUGCUGUUUUCCCAACCGGAAAAGCCCACUGUAACUGUAAUUCUACAAUUUCCUUUUGACUUAGCCUCCACUCAUGGUAUUUUCAGAACCCCAACCUGCUUCUGGAUUAUAUAAGCUUUCUACAAAUCAGCAACAGGUUCCUAGAGGGUCUUACAUGAAUUUACAAGAAUGACAAGAGCUCUGUGAGGGCAGAGAGCAUGUCUGCUCAUCCUUUGCUUCUUCAGCUCUGAGCUCAAUGGCCCAAACAUGGCAGACAGACAACAUUUGUUGAGGUGAAGAACUGACUGGUUAACAAAGAACCAUCUCUACAGGAAAUGUUGUUCUCUGUGCUUUCCAGACAAGGUGCCCAAGUCACAGACCACUGAAGUUUUGGGGCUCCUGACUUCCAUGGCUUUCUCUUAUUCCUGUUAUCUCAACAUGGAUUUUCUCAGCCAGUUCUCCACCAUUGUGAUUUUGAUUGACAUUAACCAAAGGGAAUGUUUACUAUCGUCAAUUAUCAAUAUUAUGAUUACAACCAUAAGGGCAAAAGCAAAUCAAAGACACAUGUGACUAAAGAUUUUUAACAAUGGAUAAAUCAGGCCCAGUAGAUGAUGGGCUUCUUGUACACAACGUGCUUAGGUUGAUGUAUCUUUCUCCAGUCAGCCAGACUUCCUGAUGGGAAUCACAAACCUGUGAUUGAACACAGAAGUUAUGGGGGAAGUUCCGAAAGCUAACAGUUCUUCAGAUGGCUGGAAUAAGAUCAAUUACUCUGGAUUCUAAAUAUGAUGGACAUCAAGUUUUGUCAACUCAAAGUAAAACCCGUGGAAUAAGUGGGUGAUCAAAUGGAAUCAAAGUCACUGAGCACCAUGUGUGCUCAUCUAAUUGUUGCCAUUACUUUGUGAGUUAGGUACCACUCUCCUUAUCUUAAUGAGGUGGAAUAGAUGCCCAGAGAAGAUGAAUAACUUGUCCAAGAUCUCACAGCUUAUAUGGAUUAAUCACAAUAAUAUUUGCUAAGCUUUUGGCACAUGCCUGUUACUGUUCUAAUCUGUAUAUUAAUUCAUUUAAUUGUCACAAUCAAAUGGGCAAGUACUGGUAGCUGUGUCAUUUCUCAGAUGAAGAAACUGAGGUGCAAAGAGUGAACUGCCCAAUGGAAAGGAGAGAAUUAGGGUGUGAAAUCAAGUCAGCCUGAUUCGCAGGGCUGCAUUCUUUCCACAUCACAGCUGCCGUCAUGCCCUGGGCUGUUUUACCAGGGGUAGUCAGAGGAGUGUCUGGAGAAUAAUGCAGACAAGGUCAGUAACUCCCGUGCCAUUUAGAAAUUGAAAGUUUAAAUGGCAGUGUCUGCUAUUCUCCACAUAUUCUACAGAAAUAGAGAUGAUACCUCCCUGUGACAGUACUAAGUGACAAUUCUGAGUGUAAAUGGGCUUUUGGGCACAAAUUGUCCUGUCCUAAUAGUCUUGAUUAUAAUUAUAAAAUAAUGGGUUUCUGAAAGGCUGCGAGCAAUUCUGGGAAUGGCAAUAAGGGUUUAGAAACGACGUGUUGUUUAUGGGAGAAGUGUUUUGUUGGAAAUUAAACCCACGUUUAGGAGAAAGGAGUGUGUUGUAUGCUCUUAAGAAACUAUCUCACUAUGUAAUUAAAUCAAAACCAGUCAGCUGCC